AUGGAAGGCUUCUGUAACAGUCAAGGACCCCGGUUCCAAACGGUGUGCGAGUACCCAGUGCCCAUGCUGCUGGCCGCCGCGCCCGGCCCGCCGCCCGCCUCCGCCCAGUCAGGCGGCGGUGGCCGGCCGGCGGACCUGCUGCGGGCGGCGGGUCUGACGUCUGACCUGCUCGGCGUGCGACGGGUAACGGGCAGGUGUGCCUCUCGUCCGCUCACGCGCGGCGGCACUCGGCCAGACAGCGCCGUCAGGCUGCCGGCCGCCACCGUACCCAGCGUGCCGACCAAUCGGAUCUUCGCCCGCUUUCCACCUGACUUCUCGCUGCUGACAACGCUGCGACCGGCGGCCGGCAGCACGGGUGUCGUGGCGGCCGUGUACAGUGACGGAGGGGAGGACCAGCUGAUAUUCUCCGUAGGUGAUACCAUACAGCUAAAAAUCGUGUCCGGUAGAUCUGGAAGACGCAUCAAGAUACAGACAUUACGGUUCCGAGUUCGGAUUAACGAUGGGAGGUGGCAUCGCGUGGCGGUAGCCGUGAAGGGCAACUCGGCAACCCUGUUCGUCGACUGCUCCCAGCGCGAGACCAAGGCGCUGGCGCGAGACGCCAGAGCGCGGCUGGACGUCCGCGGUGUCACAAUCGUCGGCCAGGACCUGCUGGCAGCACAAGUUUUUCAGGGUGACGUCCAGGACGUGCUGCUGGCGCGCAGCCCGGCAGCCGCGUACGACCAGUGUACGCUGCACUCGCCCGGGUGUAACGCGCCCCUGCAGCGGCCGGAGCCGCCGCAGGCAGAGGAGCCCGACUACACCGCCUUCUACGAGGAGUACGAGGACGGCGACACCGAUGUGUACGACUACUACGAGAAUGGAGACUCUAACACUGGUGUUGACCCGGAGGACGACUACGCGACGACGGAAGACAAGCUACCAGAGACGCCCGCACGGCCGCCCCAGGAGGCCGGACCGGCAGACCCGGGGGAGAUACGGGCGCCAGACUACGAAGACGCCCAGCCCCCGCCGGUCGGCGCGGACCCCGACUAUCGAGAGUCAGGGCUCACGGACAUAGGUCCGCCCCCGGACUUCGGGGACGCACAGUCUCCGGAGGGUGGCCCGCCCCUGGACUACGGAGAGUUUCCUGAGGGUGGCCUAUCCCCGGACUACGGAGACCAGCAGCCCCCGGAGGGCGGUCCGACCCAAGGCCCCGAUUUUGGCGGCCCGCCGCCCGAUGCCGCCUCCACCGAACCGCCGCCCGAUGCCGCCUCCACCGAACCGCCGCCGGAAGGCGGCACGCCGGUGCCGCCCGACUACGACCCGUCCGAGGAGGACGAGAGCUACGACGACACGCUGCCGGCGCCGUACCAGGGCCUGCGGGGCGUGCCAGGCCCGCCCGGGCCCGUGGGACCUCCCGGCGAGCACGGCAUGGACGGGACCGGACGGCCAGGAUGGCCGCCAGGAUCGCCCGGCAGUGUGUUUAUGAUCCCGAUCAACACUGGGACGGGCCAGAAGGGGCCUGACGUUCAGGCAGAGGCCAUGCGCCUCAUGCUGAACCAGCACAUGCGCGCGAUGCAGGGCAGUCAGGGGUCCCGGGGCCUGACGGGGCCUCAGGGGCCACAGGGCAAGCCCGGGCCGCCCGGCAUCAAAGGCGAGGUCGGCGAGCCAGGUGAGCCGGGGCCCCGAGGUCGCCGCGGCCCGGAGGGCCUCCCUGGCCGGGCCGGCCGCCGAGGGGAGCCUGGCAAGGACGGCGAGAGGGGCCUGUCGGGGCCGCCCGGCGAGAAGGGAGCGGACGGACUGCGGGGCCUGCCAGGCCUACCCGGCGAGAAGGGGCACCGGGGCCGGCGGGGCGCGGCGGGCGAGAGGGGUCAGACUGGCAUCGACGGCGCCAGCGGCGAGCCCGGCGUCCAGGGCGCGCCGGGCGUGUCCGGCGAGAUGGGACCUCGCGGCUUCCCGGGCCCGCGCGGCUUCGGCGGUCUGCCUGGCAGCCCGGGCAUCCCCGGCUCGGAGGGCCCGACGGGCCUCAAGGGCAGCGCCGGCCCACCUGGCCAGUCGGGCCCGCCGGGACUACUGGGACCGCCCGGCGCACCGGGCGCCACCGGGCCGCAGGGCGCGCUGGGUCCCACCGGACCGACCGGUCCACAAGGCAAGCAGGGUCUGCCUGGCCUGCAUGGUGCUGAGGGCAUUCCUGGUCGGCCAGGCACUCCUGGCGCUCCGGGCAGCAAGGGUGACCAAGGCGUGCCUGGAGCUCAGGGCUCGAUUGGCUUCCCGGGGCCUCGCGGCGGGAAGGGAGAACGCGGAGCCCGCGGGGCCUUCGGAGACAAGGGCGAGAAGGGCGACAACGGCUUGGACGGCGAGAAGGGAGACAUGGGCGGCAAGGGAGAUCGCGGAGAGCUGGGACCACAGGGUGUUGUCGGACUCGAGGGACCGCAAGGAGCCAAGGGGUUCGAGGGCCCGCGUGGCGAGGUGGGAGCCAUCGGUCAGCCAGGUCACAAGGGCAAGCGAGGCCCCACCGGCUUCCCCGGCUACCCGGGUGUCAGCGGCGCCAAGGGCAACAAGGGUUUGCAAGGUCAACAGGGCCGUGUCGGAGAGAAGGGCCAGUUCGGACCGGACGGCAUGGAGGGCGAGAGAGGCGAGAGAGGACCCAGGGGGUUCCGCGGCUCGCGAGGCAAGCGGGGCUCGCGAGGGCCGAUCGGCUCCAAGGGCGACACGGGCCAGCCGGGCCCGGCCGGGCCGCAGGGCGAGAGCGGCGCCCCAGGCAAGGAGGGGCCGCGAGGCUUCGACGGCCAGACGGGCAGGCGCGGGGAUGACGGCAAGGACGGCGUGCAGGGGCCGCCCGGAGAGCGGGGACAGCAGGGCGAGCCGGGGCCGCCCGGACCGCAGGGCUCGGCUGGCGUGGUGGGGCCGCCCGGCUCCAUGGGCGAGCCAGGCGCCGCUGGCGAGCCGGGCGCGCCCGGCCUGCCGGGCCUGCCGGGAGCGCACGGUCGGCCCGGCUCCACCGGCAAGGAGGGCCCGGCCGGGCCGCAGGGCUCGUCCGGCAAGCCGGGUCCCACCGGCUCGCCCGGCCCGCCCGGCUAUCCCGGCGAGCGCGGCCUGCCAGGACUCACGGGUCUCCAAGGUCUGAAGGGUGACCGUGGAGCCCCAGGAGCUCAGGGCGUACAAGGAGACAAGGGUCAGACGGGUUACUCUGGCGCCGACGGUCCGCCAGGACCUGUGGGAGCUAGGGGCUCCACUGGCAGUCAGGGUCCUGCUGGUACAAAGGGCGAUCAUGGCCCCCCGGGCCUGCCGGGCCCCACCGGGCGGGACGGUCUGCCCGGCCUGCGAGGUCUCCAGGGCCCAACCGGGCCGCAAGGCCUGCCCGGCGAGGACGGCGAGAAGGGAGAGAUCGGCGAGCCCGGCAAGAAGGGUCAUCACGGACCGCGCGGAGACACGGGACUGGCCGGUUCUGUGGGCCCCAUGGGGGCCCGCGGAGAACCGGGCCCGCCGGGACCCGACGGCGAGCAGGGUCUGGCCGGAGACAUGGGCCGGCCGGGCCGCAAGGGCGAGGCGGGCCCGCAAGGCAAGCAGGGUCUGCCCGGAACCUCCGGCAAGCAGGGCCUGCCCGGCGCGAAAGGCGAGAAAGGAGAAGAUGGCGACAGGGGAAGGAAAGGACCUUCGGGUCUGACCGGUCUGCCUGGCGAGAAGGGCAAGGCGGGUCUGCGGGGCCUGGAGGGUCUGCCCGGCCCGCCGGGCGCUGAGGGCCAGCAGGGCAUCAAGGGAGAGCCGGGCAGCGACGGAGCGCCAGGCCCCGAGGGCAUUGCCGGGCGGCACGGCGGUCCAGGGCGACGAGGCCAGAAGGGAGAGCGCGGCAACCGAGGCCUGCAGGGCGCCGCCGGCAGACGCGGACCGCCUGGACCCGUCGGCCCCAAGGGCAGCCCUGGGAACGAGGGCUUCCCUGGACCACCCGGAGAGCCAGGACUCAUGGGCGUCAAGGGCGAAGCGGGCGGUCCUGGUGACGACGGCACACCGGGAGCGGCCGGCCCGCCCGGCGAGCCCGGGCCGCAAGGCGAGCGCGGCAUUCCCGGAGGACCCGGACGAUCGGGCGCCGAGGGUCCGCCUGGCCCUCAGGGCAGCCAGGGCACGCCGGGCGAGAAGGGCGACAAGGGCAUGAUGGGCCAGCUGGGACGCCAGGGUCCCGUGGGACCGGCCGGAAUUCCGGGCCCGCAGGGCUCUUACGGCCUGCGGGGCUCGCCGGGGGCGGCGGGCGAGAGCGGCGCCCCGGGCAAGCCCGGAGAGCCAGGCCCAGCUGGACUGCCGGGCGAGCCAGGGCCGGUCGGCCGCCGCGGCCGGCGCGGUCUCCGGGGUCAGAAGGGUCACCGCGGCGAGGUCGGCGUGCCCGGCAAGGAGGGCGAACAGGGCGAGAAGGGCGAGCUCGGCAUGAGGGGCCCCACCGGUCUGCCCGGCCGCAAAGGAGACAUGGGUCCUGCCGGCAGUCCUGGCGACAAGGCCAACCCGGGGCCUCAGGGCCUGCCCGGCGUGGAGGGUUCACAGGGCUCCAAGGGCACGCAGGGCUCUGCCGGAGUGAAGGGCCGCCAGGGUCCGGCGGGCCCGCCGGGUCCGCCGGGCCCACCGGGCGAGCAGCCGGUCAUCCCGGCAGAGCUGCUGUACCAGGGCAGCAACUUCAAGGGCCCAGAGGAGGAGCGCCGCAAGAGAGAAGUGCGCGGGGAUGACGCGCUAGAGGACGACACCAAGUUCUCCGACAAGCUGCUCAGCAUGUACAGCAGCAUCUACUCGAUGCGCCAGGACAUACGGCGGAUUCGGAAGCCGAUUGGCACGCGCGACAACCCCAUCAGGACCUGCCGCGAUCUCUACUUCGGACAUCCGAAAUUUAAGAGCGACUGGUAUUGGAUCGACCCGAACCUGGGCAUGCCGGACGACGCCAUCUACGUCUAUUGCAACAUGACGUCCUUCGGCGAGACGUGCGUCUACCCAGACGCCCACGCCAGCAAGAUGCCCAAUAUUCCGUGGAGAAAGACAUCCGAGAGAGCCAGCUGGUUCUCUACGCUGAGAGGAGGCUUCAAGAUCACCUACGAGUCGAUCGGACCAGUGCAAAUGACAUUCCUGCGCCUGCUGUCGGACACCGGCCGCCAGAACUUCACCUACACAUGCAUCAACUCCGCCGCCUGGUUCGACUCACGUGCCAACAACUACAACAACAGCAUCCAGAUUCUGGGAUCGUCAGCCACCAUCUUCAGUCAUUCCAAGAACUUGCGACGCAUAACCAUUAAGGAGGACCAAUGCAAGGGGAAGCGAGGCACGGGCCGCAUGGUGCUCGAGCUGCGCACCGCGGCGCUGGACCAGCUGCCCAUUCAGGACUUCCUGCCGGCCGACUACGGCCUGCCCCGUCAGGCGUUUGGCUUCGAGGUGGGCCCGCUCUGUCUCAAGUGAGCGCGCCCGCCGCUGCAGAACACAUCACAGGGACCGGCGGCGCAGCGUGCAGUGACGCAGCGCGGCGUGUGGUGGCGCGCCGCGGGCGGCGGACACGCGCGCCCCGCUCGCGACGGACGCGGGGAUCGCCGGCGCGCCGCCGGCCCGCUCUAGGAUAAGGUGCCGUCGGCGGGCUGCAGGCACGCCGCUGUUAUGUUGUGAGGAUGAUCGUUAGGAGUGUUUGCACAAGUACUGCCAUUUUCUCAUAAGCUAAUACAUGAUACAGUGGA